AGACGCAGGGGAAGAGAAUUUUAGGCAGAAGGAAGGGUGUGUGCAAAACCAAAAGCCGAGUGGCAGAAAGGUGUGCAAGGCCCGGCUGCAGAGAGGCCGGUGCAGGGCGGAGCUGGACAGGCAGCGGGUGGGCGGGCAGGACGCCCUCGGCAGCCGAGGAGGAGCUGGGCGCAGGAAGGUGGUGAGGGUCAGAGUUGCCGUUGUGAAGUCUCGCGUGCCUGCAGCGAGGAGAACCGACCGUUCGGAAAGGCCGGGAGUGUGCGGCCAGAUGUUCGCCAUCCCGCCAGGGCUGUCUGGGGGAGGCCAGUUUCCUGGCGGCGUGCCUCCUGGAGUAUGUCAGCCCGAACUCCAACCAGACAGCAACUCCAACUUCACGGAGGGUGCCAAGGAUGCCAAUGAGAAUUGGCAUGGAAUGCCAGGCAAAGUGGAACCCAUCCUGACAAGGAGCUCCUCUGAGUCACUCUCUGACAACCAGGCCGGACUCUCGGAGGGAGUGGUCCGCAGCCCCCCAGAGGGUGCAGAGAUUCCUGGCACCGAGCCUGACAAGAACGAUGAUGCCAUCACUGUCUGCUCCCCUCUGGAGGACAAUGGGUAUGCCAGCAGCUCGCUGAGCAUUGACAGCACUAGCAGCAGUCCUGAGCCUGCCUGUGGGACCCCUCCAAGUCCUGGCCCUCCAGAUCCUCUUCUACCCUCAGUAGCCCAGGCUGUGCAGCACCUGCAGGCCCAGGAGCGCUACAAAGAGCAGGAGAAGGAGAAGCACCAUGUGCACUUGGUGAUGUACCGCCGUCUGGCGCUGCUCCAGUGGAUCCGGGGCCUGCAGCACCAGUUGGUUGACCAGCAGGCCCGUCUGCAGGAUAGCUUUGAUACCAUCCUGGAUAACCGGAAGGAGCUUAUCCGCUAUCUCCAGCAGAGGGCAGCACCAUCCAGGCCCCAGGAUCAGGGCUGAGUGUGUUUCUACCAGUGUGCAGUGGUGUACCUGUGUCUCUGCAGGUGUGUGUGGUUGUGCACGAAUAUGUACACGAUUAUUUGUUGGCAGGAGUUCAGAUAUGCAUGACUGUGUUUGUGCUAACAUUUAAGCAGAUAUGUGCAAACGUGUGAGUGAGCUUAUAUAUCCUGUGUACAUGUGUAUAUGCAAGCUAAUUUAUACGUGUGAGUGUGUAAGCGUGAACAUGUGUAUAUAGCAUGUGUGUAAGCUCCAGUAAAUUUGUACAUCCAUGUAUGGAUAGGUACCCAGGAAUGUGUUUAUAUGUGUAUGAGUGAGGAUGUACGUGCAAAAGAUGUGUGUUCAAGUGUAUGCAUAUGAGUGUGUGGGUGCAGGCAUGGGAAGUGUAUGACGGGAGCACGUGUAUUUGCAGGCAAACUCAAUUGCUCCAUUAAGCGUCUGCCUACACCUGUUGUCUAUGGUCUGCCCCAGCAUUUUUUCCUGCCUUGUAUCUCUCUGCUCUCUGGAGAGAGUGCUGUCCUGCUGUCAUUUAUCUGAGGGUUGUAGCCAAUCCAUUCUCCAGAGCACCUUUCCUUCUACCUUCCCUUUCCUUAUCCCUGUUGUCCCUCUCUGAUGUUGGCUUUGCUAUAAGUUUUCCUGGCCGCUCUGGCCUGCCGUGGCACUUGGGCUGCAAUUUUGUCUGGGAAGUUGAUGGAAAACUGGUAACAGAGAGGAAACUGAUGCGUGGUGGUGGAGAUCGUGGCAGGGUGGGUGUGGGGACAGAGGUGGAGUUAAGACACUGUCCUCUGGAAUUCUGUCUUUGGUGGCAUGGGAGGUGAGGAUGGGGGAGAUAAAAAUUGCAGAAGCCUGUGAAAAAUAGGAGGGUGGAAAUUCCAAAAUACCAGUUCCCAAAUAAACCACAUCUCUCAGUUGGGAAAAGUUGUUGAAAACCAUAUUAAUUUAAACUUCCGUUGAAAAGGGACGUGUACUUGAAAGUAAGAGACGGUUUUGAGGCUAUUGGGGGAAACUCCCUUUCCUCUCUGGGUGCCUACUUUGCUGCUCCUCGGGCUUUGACAAUGCUGGGUGUCCUCUUGGUUUGGUCCAUUUUCUGCAAGUGAACUUUGAGGAGGAACUAGAACUCAGUUUCCUGGGUGGACAGGGAGCAAUGUCAGCCCGACCUCUAGAAGCUCUUAGGCUGCUCUUCUGCCAUUGCAUGGCCCUUUAAACAAACGGACAGCACUGCCCAGAGUUUUACAGCAGAUGUGUCUCAAGGAGAAAAUACAAUGGAGGUAGCAGCUCCUAGGAGCCAAGAGAAUGCAAGAUCCUGGUGGGUGGGCAGUGCAUGAAGCAGGAAUGCUGUCCGGUGAAUGAAUGGUGGCAUGGAAGUCACUGAUGCUGCCUCUGGGGCUCAGGCUCCUCGUCUGUAACAUGUGGGGCCUCUUCUCCAUCUCUAAAGAGUUCCAUCCAUGCUGGGUGGGUGGGUGCAAGGGUUAGGGAGUGGAGGAAGCUGGAGCCCUGGGGCUUCUGUGUACAGCUCUUGCAUGAUGAAUGUGAGCCUGGCCUCCGGAACAAGGUGGGAUGAAUAAACUGCGGCAGAAAAUUAAAGUCCUGAGUAUGCAUUUCUAUUUCUCCUGUUGUCUUCGGACCUCCUGCACUUUGUUUGAAUUCCCCUUUUGAGCAGCGUCCUGGGCUGGGGACCAAGGAGUGGAACCGAGUAAAACACCGGGGAAGAGGAAUUCAGACUCCUGUGUCUGGCAAUCUCAGGAGCCUCCCUGUCAAGAAAGGGGAGACUUGCUCUCUGCCCUGAGAGCCCCACGUGGGAUUGUCCUUGUCCUAAAUCACCUUUGGACCUGAAUGUGUUCUGAGGGACACAGACUAUAUACAUGCUCACAAACUAGGCUCUGCUCUGGGGUUAGCAGUGCCCUGACUGGUGUCCUGACUACAAAAGACUGUGUGAGGGUCCUUAAAUGGUGCUGACGUUUUAUUUGCAGCUCUGGAACUGAACCCAGGGCAUUGCACAUGCUAGGCAAAUGCUCUACCUUGAGGGACAGCCCUAGUCCCCAAAUGUAGUUAUAAUAUAUGUACAUGAUUUCACAUAUUUGUUGCUGCCAAUUUAUGUUUUCUAAUUUACUAAUUUCUCCUAAAUUCAGAGGCUGGGGAUGGUAGAGCAGUGGUAUAGCACUUGCUUAGCAUAGGCAAGGCCCUGGAUUCAAUUCCCAGGGAGAAAAAAGUUACUUUUUUUUUUUUUCUGUGCUGGAAAAGCUUCCAAAUCUGAAAUUUCAUGAGUCUAGAGCUCAAGCCUCCAGCUGUCCUGGGUCCAACCCUCACCAUACCUAACCUAGCCUCCCUUCCCCUUCCCAAAUUGUAUUAUUUUCAUUAGUCAUCCACCGAUGUGCAACAAAUUAAACUGUAGUGGUUUAAGUCCAUACACAUUUGUGAUCUUACCAUUUCUGUAUGUCAGGAAUCUGUGCUUAGCUUAGCCUGGUCCUGUGUCACAGUCUCUGCCCAGGUGUUUUGAUCAAGACCCUAGGGUCUGUGGCCUCAUUUGCUGGUAGCCGUGAGUUCUCAGGCUCAGGUCCUUCCAUGGGGCCCUUCCAACAUGCAGCUUGUUUUAUCAAAGUAUGCAGGCCAAAAAGGCAAAGUGCUAGCAAGACAGAAGGCUCACUUUUCUGCAACCUACCUGCAAAAACGCCAUCUGCUCAACGUUGCCAUAAUCUAUAGCUUGAAGCAAGUCACUUGAAUAGGGGAUAUUACUUGAUAUCAGAGUGAUACCAGAUUAAUACCACUGUAAAUACCAGAAGAUGGGGAUCAUUGAGGGCCAUCUUAGAGGCUGCCCUACCACAA